GGUGACCCCGGUCCAAAGGGAACUAAAGGAUACCCUGGAAUACCCGGCCUACCUGGACCCUUUGGCUAUCCUGGAGAAUAUGGAGAAAAGGGCAUUCCUGGAUACCCCGGGAGCAGAGGGGCUCCAGGGUUUAACGGACCGCCCGGUGUUCCAGGACUGCAGGGACCCAAAGGACGUCCAGGCACCCCAGGCUCAUCGGCAUACCCAGGAUUCAAGGGAGACCAGGGAGACCCCGGACCCCCAGGACCUAGCUCUUUUGUUAAUGGGGGUUAUGCUAUUCAAGGACCUCCAGGGGACUCGGGUUUACGUGGCUUUCCAGGACCCCAGGGUGACCAGGGACCUCAAGGCUUUCCAGGACCUCCCGGCCAACCAGGACCUGAUCGUUUUGGUCCAGGUCUUCGAGGUCCUCCUGGGCCCAAAGGUGUAAAAGGAGAAGUGGGUGACCCCGGCUUACGGCCCACUGGUUUUGAAGGUUUCCCAGGACUCCCUGGGCCCCCAGGACCCAGUGGCCUUCCUGGACCUCAAGGCCCUCCAGGCACAAACGCUGAGCCCUGCUACAUCUAUCCUGAUACAGGUGACUCUGAAGGUCUACCAACUGCUCCCCCUGGAGGCCCCGGGCCGCCUGGUCCCACAGGAUUUCCAGGAAACAUUGGUGCCAAAGGGUUUAGAGGCGACCCUGGUGACUGCAGAUGUUCUGGAGGAGACUUCUCGGGGUUAGAUGGACCACCUGGACGUCCAGGAACCAAUGGCAGUCCUGGCCUGCCUGGGGUGAAGGGUUUUCUUGGAGACCCCGGUUCACUAGGCUUCAGUGGUCGUCCAGGACCUAGUGGUCCUCCUGGUCAGCGGGGCUUCCCCGGGCGUAAGGGAGAGAAGGGGGCUCCAUAUUACCCCACCCUAAAUCUGGGGUUGAAGGGAGUCAUAGGAGAUCCUGGACCCAGAGGACCUACAGGUGAAACAGGAAAUCCUGGAAGAGACGGGCUGCCUGGCUUCCCUGGAUUUCCUGGACCCCCAGGUGAUGCAGGCAUCGGCUCAAGGGGAGAAAAAGGAUUUCAAGGGUUUCCAGGUUCUAAGGGACGUCCUGGAGGCCCUGGUGAGCCGGGCAUUGGCUAUGAUGGAGCACCCGGCUUGCGUGGAGACCCUGGAGAACCCGGUAUACCUGGUUCUCCAGGUAUACCGGGUUCACCUGGAGAGAAAGGUGAAAGCAUCUGUGAAGGGCUUAAUGACGCCGAGGAGGGACAGGGACAAACUCUGCCUUGCGUAUUUACGGGUGAGGCAGGAGACCCAGGCGAUUCCGGUUUCCUUGGACAACCAGGUCUUAAAGGUAAACCAGGGCUGCAAGGGCCCUCUGGACGUCCAGGGUUUGAUGGCCCCAAAGGAGAAAGAGGAGACCCCGGCACCGGAGGCGUGCGUGGACCUGAAGGUUUCACUGGACCCAGAGGGGACCCUGGUAUUCCAGGUAUCCCAGGGCAGAGUUUUGAUGGGCCCAGGGGUAAGGACGGUCUCCAAGGCCGUCCUGGAGCCAAGGGCCAGCCUGGAGAGGUGCUAGGAGCUACACCUGGAUUUCCUGGUCAGAACGGUUUACCAGGAAUUCCUGGAGACAAGGGCCAGCCGGGAACACCUGGAGGACCCGGAAUGCCUGGGUUUGAUGGACGUCCUGGUGCUCCUGGUCGAAAAGGAGAACGCGGAGUUAACGGUUUUCCUGGUAAUCCUGGCCUUCCUGGGCCUCCAGGUGACCCAGAUGGUCGCAUUCCUGGUCCACCUGGCCCUGAUGGUAGUAAGGGUCUGAGAGGACCACCAGGCUGCCCAGGUUUCCCUGGUCGGAAAGGAGAAAGAGGAGAACCAGGUUUCCCAGGGCCUGCUGGGAUGAAAGGAACUCCCGGACGACCUGGUGCUACUGGGUUACCAGGAACAAGGGGACGCCCCGGUUUACCAGGACCAGGGACUAUAGAUGGAAUACCAGGAACGCCAGGAAGAAAGGGUGACAGAGGCAUCCAAGGAAUGAUAGGCUUCCCUGGAUUUGCGGGACCUCCUGGCAGUUCAGGAUUUCCCGGAGUGAAAGGACAGCCUGGAGUGCCUGGAGCAAAUGGACGCCCUGGGUCGCCUGGAUUCUUUGGAACUAAAGGUGACAGAGGAUUACCUGGUCCACCCGGAUUUCCUGGUAGACCUUUUCCAUCUGAUCUUGUACAGAAAGGAGACAUCGGAGACCCUGGAAUAACCGGCCUUUCUGGCUUUACUGGACCCAGAGGUGACAAGGGUCAGCCAGGUGCACCUGGUCGUCCAGGACGACCUGGAGCUCCUGGUUUCCCUGAUGUGAGUAAAGGGCUGCCGGGAGAACCUGGCCUUUCUGGGGAAACAGGACUUCCAGGCUUCUCUGGACAAAAAGGAGAAUCUGGAAUUAUGGGAUUCCCCGGCACUGUGGGACCAAAAGGCAAUAAUGGCUUUCCAGGUUUAUCUGGAAGGCCUGGAGAAGUUGGUCGGCCUGGUGCCAAAGGACUACCUGGAGAAACUUUUGGUUAUCCUGGAGCACCAGGACUUAAAGGCCGACAAGGAGAUUCAGGGAUCCCAGGCGACCAAGGGAAAGUUGGUGAACCUGGCGAUAAUGGAUUUUCAGGAAAUCCAGGUUUCCUCGGACAGAAGGGGAUUCUUGGUGAACAGGGGCGGUAUGGAAUAAUGGGCUCUCCUGGUUUCCCUGGACCAAAAGGUCAGCCUGGAUUGCCAGGAAUAGGAAGGGGGCCUGAUGGGCUUCCUGGUCGGCCUGGAUUCAUUGGAAAUCGUGGGUUUAAAGGUUUUCCCGGACCACCUGGUUUGGAUGGCCUUAAUGGCCUAGCAGGACCUAAAGGCCUGUCUGGAAACCCAGGUGCAAUUCUGGGAGGUAGGCCCGGCCUUUCUGGUAGUCCAGGGUUGAAGGGAGAAAGAGGUGUUUCCCAACCCGGUGUUCCAGGGUAUCCCGGCCAAAAAGGACAAAGAGGAGAACCAGGUCCUUUUGGAUUGAAAGGGAGCCCGGGUAUCCCUGGACCUCCUGGACCCAGAUCAAUAGAAAGCUUUCCUGGACCUACAGGAGAUGCAGGUCUCCCUGGACUGGAUGGACAGUAUGCCUUCCUCUACUGCUCGCCCAGCGAGAUUUGCUACUACGCUAGCCGCAAUGAUAAAUCCUACUGGCUCUCCACGACCGCAUCCAUACCCAUGAUGCCCGUGGAAAAGGAGGAGAUAAGACCUUACAUCAGCAGGUGUUCAGUAUGUGAGGCUCCAUCUCAGGCAGUGGCGGUCCACAGUCAGGAUAUGACAAUCCCCAACUGUCCUAUCGGCUGGAGGAGUCUCUGGAUAGGAUACUCCUUCCUAAUGCACACAGCAGCUGGUGCAGAGGGCGGCGGUCAGUCCUUGGUGUCUCCCGGUUCCUGUCUGGAGGACUUCCGGGCAACUCCGUUCAUCGAGUGCAACGGCGCCAGGGGCACCUGCCACUACUUUGCCAAUAAAUACAGCUUCUGGCUGACAACCGUGGAUCCAGAAAAUGAGUUUACCUUCUCGCCAGCCAAGGAGACGCUGAAGGGAGGCCAGGAGCGCUCCAGAGUCAGCCGCUGCCAAGUGUGCAGCAAGAUCUUGUAGUAGGCAAAGGUGAAAGAUGGAGGAGUGAGGCGGGGAAACAUCAGGAGGGGAUUCACUAACAUUUCAAGAAUUUAUGAUG